AUGAGUUCUGUUUGCAAGUUUGUCCAGACUGUUAUUCUCUUCUUGUCCAUUCUUCUGAUUAUCAUUUCCCAAAGUAGAGCUCAAGCUCGAACAUUAACUGAUAAUAAAAAUUUGCAAAAAUGGCCAUUCAACAAUUCAGUUUCAGCUGUUUUAGUAUUCGGAGACUCCACUGUUGAUUCAGGGAAUAACAACUACAUAAACACUCUUUCUAAAUGCAACUUUGCACCCUAUGGAAGGGACUUUGUAAACCACAAACCUACCGGGAGGUUCACCAAUGGCCGACUCAUCACAGAUUACAUCGUUUCAUACUUGGGAAUCAAAGAUUUUGUGCCACCCUAUUUGGAUCCAAGUCUUAGCUUGGAGGAGCUCAUGACCGGAGUUAGUUUCGCCUCCGGUAGCUCCGGCUUUGAUCCCCUCACUGCUCAACUAAGCGGCGUAAUUCCAUUGGAAAAGCAGCUGGAAUAUUUCAAAGAAUAUAAAAAGAGACUUGAAAAUGCAAUAGGGAAAGAAAAGACAAAAUUGAUAAUAAGCAAAGCAACAUUCAUUAUAAGUGCAGGGACAAAUGAUUUCGUUGUAAACUAUUAUAAUACCCCAUAUCGAAGACAUACCUAUAAAGUCUCUGCCUACCAGCAAUUCUUGUUGCAAUUGCUGCAGCAAUUUGUCCAGGGUUUGAUGAACGAGGGAGCUCGAACCAUCGCCGUCGCCGGAGUUCCGCCAUUCGGGUGUUUGCCGCUGAUCAUCACGAUAAAUUCCGGCAGCGCACUUCAACCCCGCCAAUGUGUUGAAUCGUACUCUGCUGUUGCAAGAGAGUACAACUCGCUUCUUCAGCAUUUACUAAAGACUAUGCAAAUUCAUAACACAAAAUUAUUCUACCUCGAUACCUAUAAUCCUUUAAACGACAUGAUACAAGAUCCAACUAAAUAUGGUCUUACUGAAGUGGCCAAGGGAUGUUGUGGAAGUGGACUUGUUGAACUUUCAAUUCUCUGCAAUCCAAAGUCAAUUGUUUGCAAUAAUCCUUCACAACAUAUGUUUUGGGAUUCAGUCCACCCAACUCAAUUUACUUAUUAUACUUUGUUCCAAGCCUUGCGUCCUAUACUUGAUUUUGCUAUCAAACAAUAA